UUUCCUGGAUCUGGUGAUAUGGUGUUUCAGACCUCGACUGGCUCUGAAGCAGAAUGUGAAGACAUCAAUGAGUGUUUAGAUCCAGAUGUUUGUGGCAGAAAUGCAGACUGUUCCAAUCAUCCAGGCAGCUACAGCUGCAAAUGUCACCAGGGUUACAGUAAUUAUGGCAACAACCAGUCUAAAUGCUUCAAAAUGGACUGUGAUCAGUUUAAACCUGAGUCUGAUGCAGACCACACACCGGAGAAGUUAAAGCAUUUGAUGUCACUGUUGAAGAACAGCUGUGAGUCUCUGAAUGAUCCACGCGGAGAACAUUCCACUGGAGAGAAAUUACUGGAGAUUGUGUGCAAUUCCACCAAUGAGCUGCUGUCUGAAGGAAACAUUGCUGAUAGUGAGACACUGAAUCAGUUUCUGGACACGGUGGAGAACAGCAUGCAUCUGAUUGGACCUCAGCUGAAAGAGCCUGUGACCAGGAUGGAGACACACAACACCUUUGCUGAGGUUGCAGUCAUGCGGGGUCAGACUCCGCCCAGUGGGCGUGUCACUCUGAGUACAGACUCCGCCCUCUUCAGCACCAGCUGGGAAACAGUUGUAGGCAAAUCAUAUCCAGGUUUUGCGUUCGCGGCUCUGGUCAGUUAUAAAGAUCUGAACUCAUCCAGUGAUCUGCUCCACAAGAUGAGCAAUGAGAGAUCAGACGAUAAAGAGACAAGUGUCACUUAUCAACUCAACUCUAAAGUGGUGACAGCCGUCGUCAGUAAUGCAGAAACCAAGCAGCUGUCAGAGUCGGUGACGCUCGUCUUUAGACACGUGGAGGAGAGGGUGGAGUCUGAGGGCGUGGCUUACUCCUGUGUGUACUGGGUUGAGGCUGAGGGGGUGUGGUCUGAGGAGGGCUGUUCAACACAAUACCUUACACAACGUGUGUUUCUCUCUCAGGUAGCGUGUGGGAUUGUGGCCGGUCUGCUUCAUUUCUUCUUCUUGUCUGCGUUCUGCUGGAUGCUGCUGGAGGGGGUUCAGCUCUACCGGAUGGUUGUGCUGGUGUUUCACACCACAUUAAAACAUCUCUGCAUGUAUUUGGUGGGAUACGGAGUCCCUCUCAUCAUCGUCACCAUCUCUGCCAUCGCCUUCCCAGCAGGAUAUGGGACCAGUAGACACUGCUGGCUCUCUCUUGAUCGCUAUUUCAUCUUGAGUUUUUUCGCACCCAUCUGCAUCAUUGUGAUCCUCAAUGGUUUUGUCUUCAUCAUCACUGUGUGGAAACUGGCUAAAAAGUUCUCCAGUCUCAAUCCAGACCUCUCCAAACUCAACCAGAUCAGGAGUUUCACGGUGACCGCCGUGGCUCAGUUGUGUGUUCUCGGAGGAACGUGGGUCUUCGGCUUCUUCCUCUUCCAGGAGGAUGGGACUGAAGUCAUGUUGUACCUCUUCAUCAUCCUCAACACUCUCCAGGGGGCGCUCAUCUUCAUCAUGCCCUGCCUGCUGUCCAAACAGGUCAGGAUGGAGUAUUACAAUCUGUUUGUCCGAAUGUGUCCACACAAGAAGAAACCCAAACGCAGAACCAGUACCAGCCAGACCAACAGCAGUCAGAAACCUCUGCAGAGCGACGAAAGCAAAGCAGAGUCACAGAUGUAAAGCACUUGUCAUGUGCUCAUGGAUUUGUAGAAACUCUUCAACACAAGACACAUAGAGACUUUCUGUGUCAAAUGAAGUCUUUUCACAAGCUUUAAUUCAACAGUACACUUUCACAGUCAUCAUCUGAUGAAUACUGCUGAUGCUUGUUCAUCACACGGGAUAUGCAUCCUCUGUUACUGGAGACGGAG